AACCCACCCACAUAUUUUUCUACUUGAAUCGGAUGGUCAUGGCCCUUCCUAAUCUCGGCUCCUUCUCCAACCCAACCGCCACCGCUUCUGCCGCCGCAACGCCGUCCACAUCCAACCCGUUGUCUCCUUCCGAUGACCCGUCAAAGAAAAUUCGAAAACCCUACACUAUUACCAAGUCGCGAGAAAGCUGGACCGAACCCGAGCAUGAUAAGUUCCUCGAAGCUCUUCAGCUCUUUGACCGUGACUGGAAAAAGAUUGAAGCAUUUGUCGGAUCAAAAACUGUUAUUCAGAUACGUAGCCAUGCUCAGAAAUAUUUUCUGAAAGUCCAGAAAAGUGGAACGACUGAACAUCUUCCUCCUCCUCGGCCAAAAAGAAAAGCUGCUCAUCCCUACCCACAGAAAGCCACAAAAAGUGCAGCUCCAGCUGUCUCACCGGUGCCUACAUCUUUUCAAGCUUCCCUUCCAUUACCGGAACCUGGAAUUGUAAAAAGGCCCGAUUCUUCUUUGUUGCCUUGCAAUCCAGCUACUGUUAUGUCUGUGCCGUCAUGGACUGACAACUCUGUGCCACCAGUUAGUUUGUCGCAAAUGAAGAAAGAUAACGUGAGAGAAACAGGUCAGCCAGUCGCCAAUAACCGUUGCUGCAGUAGUAAUGAAAGCACUCCAAGAUCAAAAUCAACAGUUAAGGUGAUGGAGCGGACCCAAGUACCCUCAAUGAGAGUUUUGCCAGACUUUGCUCAAGUAUACAAUUUCAUCGGCAGUGUAUUUGACCCUGCUGUAACUGGACACUUGCAGAAAUUGAAAAAAAUGGACCGGAUUGAUGUUGAGACGGUGUUAUUGCUGAUGAGAAACCUCUCUAUCAACCUUACAAGCCCUGAUUUUGAGCAUCAUUUGAUUAUUGAUGCAGAGGCAGCUGCUUUCAUCGUAUGAUAUAGAAAUGGAGAAGCAGUGCAAAUAAAAUCAAUGACAACCAACUUCAAAGUGAUGUUCAGUUCGGGUACUGCAUACAAUGGUUUUUGCAUACCGCUCCCAUUAUUCUUUGCUCGAGAGUAUUAUUGUCCCGAUGAAAGCCAUAUCGGAACUGGUCGGGAACUAACGGCAAUUGAAGGACGCACAUGUAAUAAUACCAAAAGCCUGUGGUUUGUUUGAUAGCAGCUGCUAUGUCAGAUUCAGAGUUCUUUUGCUUGUGGAGUUCAUAUUUGUGUACAUACUGUUAGAUAUAAACAGAGAUGAUAGUUGUGAUGCAGGAACUUAAAUAUAUAAAGCUGGGUUU